ACACAUCGCACGGCCAUGGCCAGUUGAGGAAGGCAGGCAGUAGACUUUACAAUACUGUGCUCGGAGGACGUUGAUACUAUCGUCUAACUAUACAGUCUCCGACAUGGCGGCCGUCUUACCUCGUCCCCAUUCAUAUCAUCUACAGGAACCCAGUGAACACCCGAUGGCGAUGUUGCCAUGUAACCGUCUCCGGUCCGGUCUCCACGACAUCCACAAGCCCCUUCCGACCUUCCUGCAACUUCCGCCAUCAUGGACGACCUCCCAUUGUCACACUGCGCCGGUCUUCACGGAUGUGACGUCACAGCACGUGCAGCUACAACAUCCGGUGGCGGCCAUGAGCGGAAGUCUACGAGCCCCAGUCCAGUCUCCCGUCACGUCGCACCCUUUCAACUACGAACUCUAUCAAGCCAGACUGAUGCAACAAAAUCUGAUAGCCGCUGGACAUACGUUUAUUGCAACACCACAGGUGUCAGGACCCGUGUCCCCCCUCCCUCCCCCAACACCCUCCAACAUCCCCAAACAGCUUUCCCCACCCCCUGCGUCUGAAGCGGAGAUACCCUGGUGGAGUGUACAGACACACACCCCGGGGCCGAGCCUCUCCCCAGAAAGACUAGCAGUUUCAUCGGGACUUGUGUUCCAUAGCUCGGAAAUGCAAAUGGCAUCUGUACUACAUGGUAUGAAGAGUGGAGUCGCUCCUACGAGGCGCUGUCGUCGAUGUCGCUGCCCGAACUGUCAGAACAGUGGCAACACCGGCAACCCUGCCAAGAGGAAGCAGCAUAUCUGUCACAUACCCGGAUGUGGGAAGGUGUACGGGAAGACCUCUCACCUGAAAGCCCACUUGAGGUGGCACACGGGGGAACGCCCGUUUGUGUGUAACUGGUUGUUCUGUGGGAAGAGUUUCACUCGUUCGGAUGAGCUCCAACGCCAUCUACGGACCCACACUGGAGAAAAGAGAUUUGCCUGCCAGGAAUGCGGUAAACGGUUCAUGCGCAGUGACCACCUCAGCAAGCACGUGAAGACGCACGAGAACAAGCGCGUGAAGAGUACGUCACGUGAUGACGAAGCCAGUGAUGUUUCCGAUGACGAAGACAUUGACGUGGAUGUGGAAUCUGAUUUUUCCUCGGACAAUAUAGAACUUGAGAGAGUGGAUGAACAAAUUACCUCCCUUGAUUCUCCUGCAUUGUAGAGCUAGUUCAAAACGUGGACACAAAAAGUGCUUGUCUUUCGGGAUUAAUAGAAGAUAUUCAGUGCUGAUGAACAUUUUGCUUAAUACAUAUCAGUCAGUAUGCAUUAAGAUAAUUAUUGUUUUGCAGAACGCACCUUGUACAGGUAUCCUAUGGAAUCUUUGAAAACAACAUAUAUCUUUUACUGUAUAAUCUGGUCUGUUAUAAAGCUGUUAUGCAUACACUUAUGUAUUGUCAUGAAGGCCCUCUUUUCUAACGGUUGCUGUUAAAACGUUACAGUGUAUUCAAAGAACAUGACGUCCUAUUAAAACCUGUUACUCCAAAUUGAUCCAAAUAGUAUCACCGAGAACACUACUAUCGGAUUAACGUGAAAAAACGUAUUGUAUUAGCAUCAGUAUUUACAGAUGGAGGGUGACCUAUUAUAUCUCAUUAUUAAACGAAAUAUUUGUUAAAUUCCAUAUAGAUGGAUAUUUUACACUAGCAUUCCAGAUACGCAAGUUGACGGUGCCCUGUUGAUAUCGCACCUCCAGCUCUGUGUUACAUGCAUUAGUUGUUACCGUUGUCUAAGCUUGUUGGUGUUUGUAAUAUUGAUCUCAGUCUGUACAUUGA